UUUAACAUUGAUAUAUUACUAAACCCUCAAAUCAUACUCCAAAACCCAAACCCAGGUGUAGCUACUAUUUCUCCGCCGCCGCAGCUGCAGCCGCUGCCGCCAUUACUACCGGAAAAUGGACAAAGCCAAAAACAAGAAGAAAAACCUAACCCCAGAAGGUCAAUUCCGGUCAAGCCUAGAUAAUUGCUCCAAAACCAAAGAUCUUUCUACUGCCAUCUCCUUAUACGAAUCCGCUAUUUCAGAUGCCUCAACAAUCCGCCUUUCCAGUAACCAUUUCAAUUCUUUUCUUUACAUCUGCUCCAACUCUUUUUCAGACCCAUCAACGAAAAAUGACGCUAUUCAAUUUGGGUUUCGAGUUUUUGAACAUAUGGGUUCGUGUAAUAUAACCCCUAAUGAGGCAACUGUCACGGCUGUUGCUCGGCUGGCGGCAGCAACUGAUGACGGUGACAGAGCAUUUGAGUUGGCUAAAGGGGUGGGGAAUUGUGGAAAGUUAAGGACUUAUGGACCGGCUUUGUUUUGUUUUUGUAAGAUGGGUGAGGCUGAUAAGGCCUAUCAAGUGGAAGAACACAUGCGGUCUCUUGGUUUGCAACUUGAGGAAGCUGAGCUUGCUGGGUUGUUAAAGGUGAGUGUGGAGAAAGAACGGGAAGAGAAGGUCUAUCAGUAUUUACAUAAACUGAGAAUGUCAAUCAGGAGCGUAAGUGACUCGACAGCAGAAAUCAUACAGAGUUGGUUUGGGGGGAAAAUGGCAACUAAGGUGGGGUUAUCCAACGGGGAUAUGGAUCAGGUGAAAGAAGCAAUUUUACAAAAUGGUGGAGGGUGGCAUGGUCUUGGAUGGCUUCGAAAGGGUAAAUGGCUUGCACAGAGGUCCCAAAUAGCUCCAGAUGGGAGGUGUCUAUCUUGUGGUGAACAGUUGGUAUGUGUUGAUAUUGACAGAGCGGAGACGGAACGAUUUGCAGAGUCAGUUGCUUCUUUGGCAAUGGAAAGGGAAGUCCAUUCGAAUUUUAAGGAAUUUCAGGACUGGCUGGAAAAGCAUUCAGAUUAUGAUGCUGUAGUAGAUGCAGCAAAUGUUGGGCUCUUUCAGCAGAAUUUUGCUGAGGGAGGCUUUAGUAUUGCACAGCUUGUUGCUGUUGUGAAGGAAUUGCAUAGCAGGAGCAACAAGUGGCCACUGGUCAUUUUACACAAAAAGCGUGUUCGUACACUUUUUGAGAAUGCUGGCUAUAGAGAGUUGCUUGAAGAGUGGAUAAAUGAAAAGAUACUUUACGGAACACCCUUUGGAUCCAAUGAUGACUGGUACUGGCUUUAUGCAGCAGUGAAACGUAAGUGUUUGCUCGUGACAAAUGAUGAAAUGAGAGAUCACAUCUUUGAGCUCCUGGGUAGUAGCUUUUUUGCCCGAUGGAAAGAAAGACAUCAGGUCAAGUACACUUUUGUUAAAGGGGAGAUUAAGCUUCUGAUGCCACCCACUUAUUCUGUUGUCAUUCAGGAAUCUGAGAACGGGUCGUGGCAUGUGCCUCUGGCAGGUGAGAUGGUUGAGUCUUCAAGGACUUGGCUCUGCAUCACCAGACAAGCUUCAUGUGAAUCUGACAGUAAACAACAUGCAAGCGUAGUAGAAGCUUCUCAAGUUAGUGAACUUGAUCAAAUUGCAGCCUGUUGCCAUUCAGAUAGUUUUACAAGUCAGAAUGGCGGCAGCUUAAAUAAAUGUUCUGGUUUGGCUGGUAAGAGGAAAGAGAGGUCCGCUUCUCCAACUCCAUCUCACUCCAGUCUACAAUCUUGAAAAUUUGAAGGUGAUACCUUUUCCAGAACCUUACAAACUGCAUGCAUUACCUGGUCAAUUGCUCAGCUGUUUUCUUGUGGAGCUUUGUUUUUUCUUUCUAAAUUAAUGAUAUGGCGGAGAUUUACUGGUUGGCAUGUUGCUCAAAUGAACACAUUAUGGGCUUCUGUCCAUGUGAGAUGAAAUUAUAUGACAUGACGUUGAAGUUUUAUUUAGACAUGCGCUUUGGAUUUCUAAGUUGUAUCUUUUGCUCAAACAUAGAAAAUCCGAAGUUGUAAAAACUAUCAGAAUUGUCCCAAUUAUUUAUACAAUCUUUUACCAAACAA